AUGGCCGAAAUAGCGGGGCUGGUUCUCGGCGCUAUUCCUCUGGUUAUAUCAGCAUAUGAGCAUCGCAAGACUCUCCUGGACUCCGCAGAGGCAUUCUUUCACGGCAAGAAAGACUACGACAAGAUUGUAAGACGAUUGCAUAUAGAGUACGCAUCAUACGAUCAAAACAUGCGAUUACUACUUAUCCGUGCUGUCAAUGAAGAAGAGCUGGAGCAAAUGAUUAAGAACUCGCAGCAUUCUCUUUGGAAGAGCGAAGCACUCACACGCAUGCUCACGAAGGAGCUAGGAAGUGCAUAUGAACCCACGAUGGGAUUAUUGGAGGACCUCGGUAAAACUUUGAGCGGUAUCGUGGCCAAGCUGGGUAUAAGUGGCUCAGACAAGGUAAAGCAACUAGGGCUUGCUAUCAUAAUCUCUUCGAACCCCCCCAUUUCGAACUCUCAGGACCCUCAAGAGCGUUUCAGGUUUGAGAAACGGCUCGAGUUUACCCUGAAGAGGCGAUCUGUGGACAAAAAGCUCCAAGCAAUCACUAAGUUCAACACCGAUCUGCGUAAUCUUUUGCAAGGGGCAUAUAAGAUAAACCAAUUCCAGAAAGACGAAGGCUUGUGCCAUAAAGCCCGCAUUCAGUUCGUUGCCCCGCUGCAGAGCAUCCAGCAGAACGCCUCUCGGCUACACAGAGGCCUCCAUAAGAGAUGGUGUGGAACACACGACUGCCACCGGGCAGGCCUCCUCCUCGAACAAAGGCUACACCGAAAACGAAUUCACCGACAAGGUCUCCUCAAAGAUGGGGGUAAUUUGGAACGAUUCGGAGUUGCAUUGCCGAGAGUCGAGGAGAAAACUUGGCUCGAUAUGGAAAUCCGUGUCCUUGGUGAAAGCAUUCCAGAAACUAGGUAUCUGCGCAACCAAUCUCAAGAUACUGAACUUUCCUAA